AUGGACUACAAAGUUCAUAUUGAUGCUGGUAAAGAAGAUUGUUACUUUCAAUAUGUGCAACCGGGUGCCACAUUUUACGCAAGUUACCAGGUGUUAAAAGGUGGCGAUGGCAUGUGUGGUUUUGCUGUACGCCAUCCCAAUGGACAAAUUGUGCACCCAUAUGAAUGGCGACAGAGUGCUGAAUAUGCGGACCAGACUAGUUCUGGUGGUUACUAUGCAGUUUGCAUUGACAAUCAGUUCUCCAGGUUUGCAGGGAAAUUGGUCAAUUUAUAUUUAUCAGUGAUCAGAUAUGAUAUGUGGGAGAAAUACGCCAAGGAAGUUGAGGAGCUUGAUAUGAAUAUUAAGAAUUUUACACAUUCCAUUCAGUUUGUGGAGCGCAAUAUCAAUGAUAUCCUCCAGUACCAAUAUCAUUCCCGAGCAAGAGAAUCCCGUGACUACAACUUACUACAGGACAACAAUGCUUAUGUUUUUAGAUGGUCAUUUAUUCAAAUCCUAGCUAUAGCAGCAACAGGAACUUUACAAGUGUACUUUGUAAGAAAACUUUUUGAGGUUAAGGAUAACUCGUCCAAAACAAGAAUU